AUGCUCCGGCCGGCCACCCCCUUAUCCAUUCUAUUCUUCGUCGCCUUCGUGCUGCUCCUGCUCUCGACCCUCUCGUCGCCCAUCAUCAAGAGCAUUCCCCUCGCUACCUAUCGCGGCAUCGACUUUGGCGUCCUGGGCUACUGCAACAAUGGAAAGUGCGCCGGGCCCAUGAUCGGCUACAACACGGAGAAGUUGUUUGGCGAAGCUUCGCCCUCUGGUUUCUCGCUGCCCGCAGCCUCGCGACAUGCCCUGUCCUCGAUCCUCAUCGUCCACCCCGUCGCCGCCCUCAUGACGCUGAUAUGCUUUGGAUUGGCUGUCGCUGCGCAUUUCCACUCGCCAGCCCAUUCGCCGCGCUACCUUCUCGCGCUUCUAAUAUUCACCUUCCCCACCCUCUUGGUCACGCUGCUCGCCUUCCUCGUCGACAUUCUACUGUUUGUGCCCCACGUGGCUUGGGGAGGCUGGAUCGUGCUGGCCGCCACCAUCAUCAUCGUAGCCAGUGGCAUCGUAACAUGUGCCAUGAGGCGGACCCUGGUCAGCCGCAAGGCGAGGAAGAGGCGCAUCGCAGAGAACGACGAGAUGAACGGCCAGACCUACUACGCCAACCGCGCCAACGAGGCUACCGUCACCACCGAGUUCCCCAAGGCCGAGUCGCCGCCUCCCCUGUCUGGCGAUACAGUCAUGUCUGGAACCAAAGGACACGACAAUGCCUUUUUCGAUUCUCAAAAGUCAUCGCAACCUGAUGAUAUGACGCCCCUUAAUCAACGCAACCCCUCGCUCAAGACAGUCAGCAGUGCUGGAGAGAAUAGGCCGGAUAUCAUGGCACCGCCAAUGCGGGGUCCUCCAGGACGUCGACAGCCUGUUGAUCAGUAUGGUAACCCACUUCCACCCAUGCCAAACGAUGCCUACAUGAUGAAUGGGGCCCCACGUGGUAGAGGAGGCCCAUAUCGGGGACGAGGCGGGCCUCCACAGCGCGGAGGACCGAGAGGAGGAGGAUAUGGCCCAAGAGGUGGUAUGCGAGGUCCACCACCACCAGGAUGGAGUGGAAAUGGUCGGGGCGGCCGUCCACCGCAGGGUGUGCCAAUGCAAGGCCCACCAAUGCAAGGCCCGCCUAUGGGUCGAGGAGCUCCUCCCCCUGGAUACAAUAAUAACAACCAAUACUACAACCAAGGGCCACCACCGCGUGAGGCCUCGCCCUAUGGCAACAGGGGACCACCGCCACCUGGGCCGAUGCCAAUCGGGCACGCCAUUGAGAUGGAUAACCGCACUGGCACACCACCGACAAACUACGGGCUUAGGGAGAGCGAUGGCGAUGUUGCAGGCAUGUUGGCGCUUCAGCAGGGCGGCUUCCCUGCAGGUGCACCUCAAAGGCGGCCAAGUGACGGUGUGAUGAGUCCUAGCAGCGAGUAUUCGACAAAUGAAUUGCCAAACCAAAACCUGCAGCCGCAACAACAACAACCGCAGCAGUCCUAUGUCCCAGUACGCGCGGGCUGGAACGGCCAGAAGAUGCCAUCUGACCAGACACUUUCUACGUUGGACAACAGCAGCCGCGGCCUUUCUCCAAUUGCAGAUUCGCCCGUCGAGCUUCCAGCUCAAUUGUCACAAGUCGGCGCACCUGCACCAAAAGGCAUGGACCGCAGCUCUGAUUACUACGAGGACGUAGACCCUAGAUUUGCGGAACCCGCGCGAGUCAAUGCCCCCCCGAUAAUGCCUGCUUCGCUCAUGCCAGGCGGCUUCUCCUCAUCUAACCCCAACCUCCUCGCUGCGCCCAACUCAAGCGAUCCCAACCUCCCACGCACUGCCUCUUACGAUGAGCUACCCGAGGGUUCCCGCUCUCCAGCAGUCUCUGAAGCAUCGCAUUUUACAUCCGUCUCCCAGCGCCCCGUGAACCCAAACUGGAUACCUGAAUUGGGUGCACCAGCCGGACAAUUUGCUCCCUAUAAUGGCAGGCGACCAGUGAGACAGGAAGACGCGAUUCUGCAGGCCAAUGCGGCUAAUCCUGAUUUCGCGAUUCCGGGCGCCAUGAGGGGGGGUAGAGGUAGAGGGCGGGGUAGGGGAGGACGAGGUGGUGCGAUCGGCCCACCACCCCCGGCAACAAUGAUGGGGCAAGGACCGGGUCUUACCAACCAGAGCAGGUACCCGGGUGCGAACGCCAUGUAG